ACUAAAACCCUAACAAAACCUCACAAAUUUCAUUUCAGGUUUCACCAAUAAUCAUCACUCCCAUUCCAUACAAAAAAAAAUGACAUCCACAAUUCUCAAAAGAUCUUCUUCCAUAUUUUCACGGCGUUUCUUCGCCGCCAUUACUUCCGUCGAACUACUUCCAAUUCGUCACCGCAGCACCUUCGCCUUAUCCUCCGCCGUCUACGGCAAAGGAGACAGACUUUUUCACGCGAAAUCUGAACCGUUGAACUUUCACUCCUCGUCGUUGGUUUCUCGUGGUGCGCAACUUGCUGUGGAUUACGAUGAUGUGCAGCAUGAUGAAGGUUUCAGUGGUAGUGGCGAUGAAGGACUUGAGAUCGCAAAGCUUGGAAUUUCUAAGGAGAUUGUUAAUGCUCUUGCGAAGAAAGGGAUCGCGAAACUCUUCCCCAUUCAGAGAGCUGUACUGGAACCUGCGAUGCAAGGGAGGGAUAUGAUUGCUCGAGCUAGAACAGGAACUGGGAAAACUCUGGCUUUUGGGAUACCCAUCUUGGAUAAGAUUAUUAAGUUUAAUGCUAAAAAUGGGAAAAGAAGGGAUCCUAUGGCUAUGGUGUUAGCACCGACCAGAGAACUUGCACGUCAGGUUGAAAAGGAAUUCAACGAGGCUGCACCUAACUUGGAAACAGUCUGUCUUUAUGGGGGUAUGCCUAUUCAGCAACAAAUCCACCAACUUGGUGGUGGCGUAGAUAUUGUAGUUGGCACACCUGGACGUGUUAUUGAUCUUCUCAAAAGGGGUUCACUGAAAUUGAAGGAUGUUAGUUAUGUUGUUCUUGAUGAAGCUGAUCAGAUGCUUCAAGUAGGAUUUCAAGAAGCAGUGGAGAUUAUCUUGCAGAAGUUGCCUUCAAAGCGUCAAACUGUUAUGUUCUCGGCGACAAUGCCUUCUUGGAUAAAGAAUAUUUCACGCAAUUACCUAAACAAACCCUUAACAAUUGAUCUUGUUGGAGAUUCUGAUCAGAAGUUGGCAGAUGGAAUUUCAUUGUACUCUAUUGCAUCUAAUGCCUAUUCUAAAGCAGGAAUUCUUGCACCUCUUAUAAAAGAACAUGCUAAAGGAGGAAAGUGUAUUGUUUUCACUCAAACCAAACGUGAUGCUGAUCGACUAUCACAUAUAAUGUCAAAAACCCUUAAAUGUGAGGCCUUGCAUGGAGAUAUUUCACAAACUCAGAGAGAAAGAACUCUCACUGGCUUUAGAAACAGUUAUUUCAAUGUUUUAGUGGCAACUGAUGUUGCUUCUCGUGGGCUUGAUAUACCAAAUGUUGAUCUUGUAAUCCAUUAUGAACUUCCAAAUAAUUCAGAGAUAUUUGUUCAUCGAUCUGGACGAACAGGACGCGCUGGGAAGAAAGGAACUGCUAUUCUUGUCCACACAGAAAAUCAAUCCAGGGCUGUAAAGACAAUUGAGCGAGAUGUUGGAUGUACAUUCAAAGAGUUACCUAAGAUUACUGUUGAAAGUGGAUCAGCAGACAUGUUUGGUAGCAUGAGUGGUGAUCGAUACGGCUCUUUGGGAGGCAGGGAUCGUCGAUCAGGCGGUACAGGUUUUGGUGGUAGUUCUGGAUCUGGCCGGACCGGCUAUGGGAAAUCCAGUGGUUUUGGUGGCUCUGGUUCAAGUCGGUCAAGAGUGGGGUUUGGGGAAUAUUCUGGUAAAACGGAUAAAUAUGGUGGUGGAGGAUUUAACAGUUCAGGCCGUUCCAGUGGCUUUGGAAAUUUUGGCACAGGUAAAUCUGGGAGAUUUGGCGACAGAAAUUGAAGCCAGAACUUAGGAGAUUCAAGGCUGCGGCUUUGCUGCUUUUGGGGAUAAUCCAAAUAAUAACAGUUAAAAUAGAGGAAGCCCAUUUUAACUCCUGGUAACUGCAUGCCAUCUUCAUUUGAUGGUUUGAUUUUGGCUUCAGGCAUCCUUCCUAAUCCCCUCUUAUCACUUGAUAUGGAGAAAGUGGAGUGGGAGCGAUGUAUUUUGUGCUGCAUGUUCCACCCCAUACCAUGCACUUGUUUGGUUUAGUUUCAUUUGAUCUCUUUUAAGGUGGGUGGUAGAUUAUGAUUCUGAAUAUGCAUUGGGUAUGCCUUGGUCCUCGGCAAUCUUGAAGAGCCAACUUUAUCGAGCAAUGGUGAUAUGUUUUAGUUUGUAUUUUAUGGUGAUAUGUUUUAUAGAUACAGAACUUUAGAACUAGGUAAGGAGAUCUCCUGUUGACAUUAUUUAUAAUUGUUACACUUGGUUAUACAGGGAAAUUAAUUAUCUAUGUGA